GAGGCGGGGAUACCAGUGACGCACCAGGAAGCUACUUCAGUAACUGUAAGACAAGUCUCCGCACUCAGCGGUCAUAUUUGCAUUACAUUCGUGCAGUUAUUUCAGUCAUAGCACCCUAACUGUUUAAAUGGGUAAAGCCCAAAAUCGUUAUCAAAUGUCACAACUUAACAAUAUAUUUCUAACCAACAACUAAAUCGGACACAAACUGCGCAAAUGAAAUACUUUCCAGGUUACUCCAGUUACUGAGCGUGCUCAACGUUAUCUUACAACUCUGUACAGAGACUCUCCUCAAAUUUACCUAUCUAGAGAACCGAUGGUCUAUAAUCACUGACGAUUGUUGUUUUUAUACUUAGAGGUGGGACUUCCUUCGCAACAAAAGCCGGGUGCGUUGCCCUUUUUCACAUUCGUAGUAACAGAACUGUGGACUCUUGUAAACGUCUAUAGUCUUUACUACAGUGGAUAUGUGUAGAAGCUGAGAGCCGUCGUCGUUCACGCGCUUCUGCUGCGCUCUAUCAACCAGCGCGCUCGUGUUUGUUACAUUCAUACACACGGCACGCUGAUGGAAAGUAAUGACCGCUUGUUUUCGUGAAUAUUGAGGAGGCGCGCACGUUUCUGUCUGAACAUCUUCAGAUCCCACCUUGGAUUUAAAAUACAGAUCAAUACAGGAUCAUUGGAGACGUCAAGGAAGAUGAUAAGUAGCUUUUGGAUGAUUUGUCUGUUGCUGCUGGGGUCUGUCACACAGCUCAUUGUUCUAGCCAGUCCUGAAGUGAACGAUAGCCAGCAGCAGCAGCAUCCUAACAACGUGUACAAUGACCUGACUGUGACCAGAAACAAGAUUGUGACUGCACAAUUCGAAUGCUAUCAGAAGAUCCUCAAUGACAACAGUCCAAACGGAAGAGCUACCCCGGUGUGCAACAGGACAUGGGAUGGAUGGUUGUGUUGGGACGACACGGAGGCCGGGAUCACUUCUGAGCAACACUGUCCGGAUUAUUUCAUGGACUUUGACCCUACAGAAACGGUCACUAAAACCUGCACAGAAAGUGGCCAUUGGUUCUCUCAUCCUCAGAGCAACCGCACAUGGACAAAUUUCACCCGAUGUAAUUUGCACACUAAUGAAGGACGAAGGACCGCAAUGAACUUGUUCUACUUGGCAUUAAUAGGUCACGGGCUCUCCCUAACAUCUUUGUUUAUCUCACUUGCCAUAUUCUUCCAUUUUAAGAGUUUGAGCUGCCAGAGAAUAACCCUACACAAAAACCUCUUCUUCUCCUUUGUGUUAAACUCCAUCAUCACUAUCAUUUGGUUAACGGGAGUGGCAAACAAUCAAGAGCUAGUCCAACAAAAUCCAGUCAGCUGUAAAGUGUCGCAGUUCAUCCAUCUGUACAUCUUUGGAUGCAACUACUUCUGGAUGCUGUGUGAGGGGGUUUACCUGCACACGCUCAUCGUCGUGGCCGUGUUUGCCGAAAAACAGCACUUAAUGUGGUACUACCUUCUCGGAUGGGGUUUUCCACUUAUACCGGCUACAAUACAUGCUGUAGCCAGAAGUUAUUACUAUGAUGAUAAUUGUUGGAUCAGCUCAAAUACUUCUCUGCUAUACAUUAUUCAUGGCCCUAUCUGUGCAGCGCUGUUGGUGAAUUUGUUCUUCCUGCUGAACAUCGUACGGGUCCUAAUCACCAAGCUGAAAGUAACGCAUCAGGCAGAAUCAAGUCUGUAUAUGAAAGCGGUGCGGGCCACUCUUAUCCUGGUGCCACUUCUGGGUAUUCAGUAUGUUCUCCUGCCAUACAAACCUAGCGAACGUGUUUCUGCAGAAAUCUACGACUACAUCAUGCACAUCCUAAUGCAUUAUCAGGGACUGCUGGUGGCCACAAUCUUCUGCUUUUUCAACGGCGAGGUACAAGCAGUUUUGAGAAGAUAUUGGAAUCAGUAUCGCAUUCAGUUUGGAAGCACCAUCACACACUCUGAUGCGAUGAGAUCCGCCUCAUACACCGCAUCCUCCAUCACAGAGGAACAGGGAUGUUACAGCAUCGAUGGUCAUUCAGAACACUUGAACGGCAAAAACUGCCAUGAAAUCAACAACUUCCUAAAACCAGACAAUCCCUUCGCCUGAUGCCAUUGAACGCGGCAGCGUGGCGUUAAAAAAAACUGCUGAUAUCUGACAGCUGUCACCCAUUACCCUUUACCCAUAAUUCACAGUGUUUUCUGAAGGGUGAAGGAGUCAGACACAUUUCUUCUAGUAUUUACACUGAAAAACAUUUACCACAUGGUAUUUUCGUUUGCUUUACUUCUGUGUGCGGUAGAAAUACAUGUAAACAUUUUCCUAUUUUUUUAAUAUAGUGGACCGGUUUCACAGACAAGGCUGAUCUUAAGCAAGGACUGUACCUUAGCUAAAUUAGGGUAUUUAAGUCCCUUUUUAAAAAUGCUUUACAAAACUACGUUACUGGUGUGCAUGUUGAGACAAAGUUAUUUUCCGUUAAAGACAGCUCAAACAUUCUUUUUAGUCUGGAACUAGUCGUAAGCCUUCUCUGUGAAACCUGCCCAUUAUGUUGAAUGCACUUCUUUGUCUUAUAAGAUCAGCCCAAGUUUUGUAAAUAUAUCUAAGCAAAAUGAAGACCACGGUAAUGAGAGAGAUUUUUUUACUGAAAAAUAAAAGAGAAUCUUAGUUUUGUCUGAAUACAGGGAAAAACUGAAGAGUGCCCAAACUAAUCAUCGCACCAUUGUCUUUUAUAAUGUUUUAUAAUUUUUUAUGUAAAAUGUCAAUGUUUCAUUUUACUUUUUUUAAUGUCAUUUGAAUAAUGCUUAUGGUAUUAUGGACCAUUUUUAUCUGUUACCUUGGAAAACAACUUCAUAAAGACAUUGAUAAAAUAUUUAGUAUUGAACAACUUGGUCCUUAAAGUGACAGGACACCCAAAAAUUUAAAUUCCCCUUUAUGACAUCUGAAACCAUACGAUUUCAGAUAUGCUCAACAUAAGAGUAAGUAAAAGUAAAUGACAGAAUUUCACUUUCAGUGACUUUAACUUUACACUGUAUUCAAGUGAAUCGAAGUAUGGUCCUAUUGUAUCGAUUUAAGUUAUAUUCCCCAAUUACACAAAUUUCAAAUAUGAUCCUCAACCUGAUUCUUUAAGAUGAUCUGUUUUUGGGGACCCCUAACAUUAGACCGUAAUUUCUGUAACCUUUAUGAACCCGAUGUGAACGCCUUUCAUUAUGAAAACAUGCUUAUCGGUUUAAAAUAUAUUUAGCAACAUAUUCUAAUUUAUAUGCAUAUUUUUAUCACAAUAAGUUUAUUCAGAAAAUGCCAAGCCUUUAGUGUUAAUUUAUUUUUUUAUUCUUACUUUACAUUAUUCACUAGUGUCACAAGUGCAUGUCAUUUAGUUUAAUGAAAUAAGGUACAAUAUUACACUAGCUAGAGUAAACAAAACUCUGCAGUCUCUCUCAUAACAUGGGGUAUGAAAUAUAUUGCUUUCUUGUAUAGGUGACAUUGAUUCAAAAGCAACCUGUCACACUUUAAAUAAAGUUUUAAAGUGCCUCAUUGAUAAAAUAUUGCGUAGAAACCAUCCUAGAUUUUUCGAUCAUUUCUCAAAGUGUGUGUGAUUAGAACGAACAUAGUCAAAGAAAAAAUGUGUACAAUACUGUUUUUAAAAAUAUGAACGUUGCCUUGUAUUUUUGCGUACGCACGCUUUAAGAUAAAAUCUGCAUAUACGCACGUUUUACAAAUGAGGCCCAAUAUCUUUCACUUUUAAAGUUGCUUAUACGUAAUUCAACUUCUUACUCUAACUGCCUAAAUUACUUACAUUCCGUAUGAUUUGUAAAAUGUGGCCUGUGUUUAUUUCUGUUUUCUCUAUUUGGUUUGGACAAUCCACAUUAUUAUACUGACUAAUAUGCAACUUUUAUCCAAAAACAUGCUUGUUUAGAUUUUGCAUGGAUUUUGUUUGUACUAUAUUCUUAGCUUUGAAUAUUUUGUAGAGGUGUGCAUUGCUUUGGCCUCGCUUUGCAUUGUUUAUUUCUUCCAUUCUGAACAACGGAGAUGUAACCUUACUCUGGUUUCAUAACAAACCAUUACAAAUUACAAAACGUAGGACUGCAGAGUAUGUACACAAAUGCCAAUCACACAUGUAUGUAUCCAUCAGGUUCCUCAAUGCAUCCAAAAUAUACUUUCUUCUUCAAUAUCGGUUGUCUUUUCAUCAAUGUGUUGCAUUUGCUGUUUCUCUGUGCUCGUAAUGCAUCAGAAAGUAGGCUAACCUUUGUGUUUUUUGUAGUGUUGUUUGUGAUAUUUUGUGUGUUUAAUGAAAACACUCACUGCAGGACAGUUUCACGUGCGUCACCGUAUGUUGCAAAUACUCUUCUGAUAUGAUAUUUAAGGUGAACUUUGCUAAAGUUGGUUUCAGAAUGUUAAAGCAUAACCCAACCACUGCAAACAUUCUUAUCUGUAAGAAUGUUAUGUAUUUUGUGCUCAUGAGGUGUAUUUGUCUGACAUAUCAUAUAAAAUGUGGGCAGUGUUGCAAUCAUGUGUAUCACUUUAUUUUGUAAAUACAGAUGAUCAAUUUCAUGUGUCUUAUUUGCAUCCUAAUGUGCAUUUCACGGACAUCAUCAGGACUGGGACAUAAAUGUUAUUGUAACUAUAAAAGCAUAAAGUUGGACUAUUAAAAGCAUAAAGUUGCAUAUUA